AUGUUGCUUGACCCAAAGGCAGGCGUCCUCGUUCAGGGGAUCACCGGCAGAGAGGCGAGCCGUAUGGUCGAGGACUCGCUCGCUUACGGUAGCAACAUCGUCGCCGGUGUGACGCCCGGCAAGGGGGGGCAGCGCGUUCAUGGGAUACCUGUCUACGACACGGUUGCAGCGGCGGUUGAGGAGCAUCGGGCGACUAUCAGCGUUAUUUCUGUUCCUCCGCCCGCUGUGCUUGAUGCAGCGCUGGAGUCCUUCGAUGCCGGUAUGUUGCUCUGUCUGAUUAUGACUGAACGGGUCCCGCAACUGGACACCAGUAAAUUACUGGUUGCUGCCCGCCGCGCUGGUUGUACUGUCAUCGGUCCCAAUUCGUUGGGGCUGAUCCGUCCGGGGAUUGCCAAACUCGGCACGGUCGGUGGGCGUGUGGAUAAUGGCAAGGUCGCCGUGCUGUCCCGCAGCGGUGGGAUGACCACCGAAAUCGCCAGCUAUUUAACGAGCCGUGGGAUCGGGCAGAGUAUCGCCAUCGGCGUGGGUGGGGAUGCAAUCGUCGGUUCCAAUUUCACGGAGUUGAUUGAGCUCCUCGAAGCGGAUCCCGCCACCGAUGCUGUGGUCAUCUAUGGCGAGCCGGGCGGGGCUGCGGAGGAGCAGCUCGCAGCGCGACUGAAGCAGAAGCCUUCUCGACUCCGAAUAGUUGCCUUUUUGUCGGGCGGGUUCGUUGAUGAUCUUGAGGGUGUGCGGUUCGGUCAUGCCGGGGUGAUUGUCGAAGGGGGGCGCGGUUCGGUGCGUGGAAAGGUGAAAACCCUGCGUGAAGCGGGGGUAUUUGUUGCGGAGACGUUUGAAGAUCUCUUGCAGGGGCUUAUGUUGGUUCAUAGUUCAUUGGUUCAUUAG